AAGGCAGGCUCAGAGACUCGAGUGCUUCUGAGAGAGGUUAGUUGGUAAUAGUUCAGUAAUAGAGGACUGGCAAUUAUCAGGACCUCCCCCUGCCCCCACAGUAAUCCUAAUGACUUUGGGCCCUUCUUAGCCUCUGCUAUUCAUUUAACCUCCAGUAAUCUGCUCUCUUUUGGUUUUUCAGAAUUGCGACCACGGCAACAUUCCUGGCUAAGGUAGUGAGGGAUAGUGACCUCUGGCCAGAGUACAAAAAUCUGAGGUCUACAAAAGAAUGUGGGUUAGCAAGGUGAGGCCAAGGACCAACAUAGACAAGGAACUUUAUAGAGUAAAAGUCUAUGUCUUGGUAGAAGGCAAGAAUUGGAAAGACAUAUGUGCAGGACAAAUUUCAUCCAAAUACAUUGAACGGCUCCAGGGUGUAUGCCUGCUUGUUCAUUCAGAAUCAGAUGACUCACUGACUGUGGAGUAUAAGAUACAUCCUAAUGUGCCCUAUAAGAAACAGCAAGGAAAUAUAAUCAUUUGGUCUGAUGCUAAGAACCAUGGCAUGGCAAUACAUUUCCAGGAACCAAAUGCUUGUCAGGAAAUCUGGGAAGAGAUCUGUCAAGUUCAAGGUAAAGAUCCAAGUGUAGAAAUAACACAAGAACUUACUGGUGAUCUAGAAAGCUUUGCAGCUCUACAGCUGAGCUCGAAUCUGUUUGAGGUGGCAAAUUUUAAACUCUCUAGACUUGAAGGCAUUGUAAGUUUAUUUGCUUUUGUCAAUGAAAUGCCAAGCCUCAAGGAAAGGCUGGUGCUGGUCUUAGAAACUGAAGGUUACAUUAAAAACCUGCUGCAGCUGUUCAAUGCUUGUGAAAAAAAGCUGAACUUGGAAGGCUUACACUAUUUGAAUAGCAUCAUUAAAGGAAUCCUGUUUCUAAAUGAUACACGCUUGUUUAAGAUCAUGUGUUCUGAUGAAUUUUUCAUGGAUGUGGUAGGAUGCCUUGAAUAUGGCCCUGGUUUGGAUCAGCCAAAACGGCACAGGGAAUUCUUGACUCAAAAUGUUAAAUUCAGGGAAGUUAUCCCAAUAACACAAACCCAACUUCGGCAAAAAAUACAACAGACCUACAGAAUGCAAUAUGUUCAUGAUAUUACGUUGCCCACCCCGUCCAUAUUUGAAUCAAAUCUUCUUUCGGAUCUUACCACUAUGAUUUUUUCCAAUAAAAUUGAAAUAAUUACAAUGUUGCAGGAAGAUGAAAAUUUUUUGCUUGAAGUUUUUGCUCAGUUAAAAGAUAAUGGUGUAAGUGAUGAGAGAAGGCGUGAAUUGUUAUUAUUCUUCAAGGAAUUCUGUGUAUUUGCCAAGACAUUACAGUCUCAAGAGAAAAAUGCAUUAAUAAAAACACUGAUAAAGCUAGGAGUCAUGAAUGCUCUAAAAGUCAUAGUACACAUGCCUGAUAAUCAAAUACAACUAGCUGCUAUAGAUAUAUUUGCUUAUCUAGUAGACUAUAAUCCUCGACUAGUCCAAGCAUAUAUAAUGGAAGAAGCUCAGGACAGUGAAGAUAAUGAUGACCUUCUCAUUAAUAUAAUGAUCAAAAAAAUGAUCUGUGAUACUGAUCCUGAAUUUUCACGAGGCAUUAUUUUGCCAGCAGUUCUUCAUACUCUUCUUGAUCCAGAAAAUAUGCGUGUCACAGCUAAUGGAUGUGAAAGAAAGGGAUUUCUAAAUUUCUUCUAUACACAUUGCAUGAGUAACCUCAUAGCACCAAUUUUGUCCACUACAGUAGAAAAUGACAGAGAUGAAAAUAGGGCUAACAUCUGUCCUGAUAAUUAUCAAAAUGCACAAUUGCUGGAAGUAAUUUUAGACAUACUCAUGUUUUGUGUACAAUGCCAUUCAACAUAUAUAAAAAAUUAUAUUUUGAGCAACAACUUGCUCAGCAGAAUCUUGGUGCUCAUGAAUUCAAAGCAUACUUUUCUGAUUUUGUGUGUUGUCCGGUUUAUGAGAAAGAUGAUUGGCCUAAAAGAUGAAAUGUAUAAUAAUUACAUAAUUAAGAAAAACCUAUUUGAACCAGUUGUAAAUACUUUUAUGCAUAAUGGACCUCGGUACAAUAUGUUAAAUUCAGCUAUUAUUGAGCUAUUUGAAUUUAUAAGACAAGAAAACAUCAAUUCUCUUAUUGCAAACAUUGUGGAAAAUUUUUUUAUUCCUUUUGAAUCAAUUGAGUAUGUCCAGACCUUUAAAGGGUUGAAGACUAAAUAUGAAGAAGAAAAGAAGAGGGAAAAUAGAAUACAAAGUUAUUUAAAUGAUAUGAUACACCAGAAAAUAUGUUGUAGACAUAUCAAAGUUAUGGAGGUAAAAGUCAAGACAGACAUAGACAUAUGUUGUAGAGGAAUCAAAGAAGAAGAAGUCGCAGAAAAAGGAGGAGGAGGAGAUGAAGGAGGAGCAAUUCUACCAAUAGGAAGUGACUUUCCAAGUCAUUAUGACAUACUUAUGAAACUUAAAGAGAAAAAUGAAAGAGGAAAUGAAAUAGAAUGCCCCAAAAGUAAAUCAUCUGAGGCCUCUAAAUUUUCUUCUUCUCAAGCUCAUGAUUCUGAUAAUGGAAUGAGUACAGUUCAUUGUAGCAGCCUUGUUCCUUUAGUGGAUUACCCAUAUGAUACUGAUGAAGAUGAUGAACUCCCCCCUCUAAAAAGACCUACUCUUAAAUCAUAAAUCAUGUGAGGUCCUUAUCUCCAAGUUCAAAUAAAAUUAUAUAAAUAUCACAAAAUUAAAUUUUUAAUUGAAAAAUCUUUCUUCUAUGGGUUGAAUAUGGUAGAAUAUGGAACAAAAUAAUGACUAAGAGGCCUCAAUUUUAUAUAUAGAAAACCUCCCAUAAUAUAGAUGCAUAGUGUAAAAUAAACAGAAAUCAAGUCAUAAAUUCUUAUGAAGAACAUCUUACUUAAUCAACAUAGUUUGGGAGGAGGAAAGAGUAUAAUAAAGUAAUUCAAUUUUUACUAAUGUCUUCAUAUUAGAAGCAACUACAAAGAUUUUAUUGCAAAUCCUACUUUGUAAAAAAGCAUCUAGCAAUGGCAUUUUUUUCAUAAAUUGAAGUUUAUUUAAACUAUCUUUUGUUUGUAUGGAAUACAAAGUCAUAUUGAAGUAAAAAUAAAGUGAGAUUUUUCAACAUUUCUGUGGAGAUUUAAAGUACCUUAGUGUUGUGAAUGACAGGGAAACAACAUCUAGUGCAAUUCAGUACAAUUUUUGUGAAUAAAGUGCUAAGCUGGAUA